AUGAAUGCCUUCAUUGCAGCAUUCCAACUAGGAAAGACCUGGUACCGCGUCGGUCUUACUUCUGACUUUGCGGACAUAGCUGAAGGCGAAGAUAAUGGCUGCCAAUUGACGCCGAGCUGCAAAGCAUUCAAAAUCCCGAACAUAGUAGACCAGGAUGCGGUCGAAGCAACUUUAUCAGAGCUACCAAAGGAUCUAAAGGAUCAGGUUCUCAUUUUCAAAUAUAGAGGCAAGAUCCAUGCCAUUGAUCAUCAAUGCCCGCAUUCUUCGUUCCCGCUUUCGCAGGGAAACUUGUUCGAUAUUGAGGAUUUUGGAAUCAAGCUUAGUACUGGGAUUACAUGUCCCAAACAUGAAUGGUCCUUUGAUAUUACUUCCGGCCAAGCGGAUCGUGGGAAUUAUAAGUUGAAAGUUUGGGAAGUACAGCUGCGCGAUCAGCCGCAAUCUACUACCACUGAGAAGGAAGUUUGGGUGCGGAGGAAGCAGAGGAUAGGUUGA